AUAACGUUGAAAAUGUGCUAGUAUCUAUACCUAAUGCACAAAUAUAUGACGUGACAGAGGCUAAUCCUGUUGAGACUGAUAUAAUGGAAAAGCUACUUUGUGCGUGCGAUGAAAAUAACAGUGACGUUAUUCUCAUUAUCGGUAACAUCGAACCUGCAAAAAGACAAUUUGUAACUGAUGCGGUUAGAAAUUUUAGCGAUAGCAAGCAACUUUCUGAAAACGUAGUACUAUCGUUAUCAAAGCUAGAAACGAAACUGAACGAUAAUUUACCUCAUAAAGCUGUAUGUGGAGUACGAAAUCAGUCGCUAAUCAUUGAUUUAACUAGCUCAAACAAAAAUCAAAUAGAAUGCCUCGCUGCAGCUGCAGAUACGAUGAUGGAAGUCAUACAUUUGAUAUGUACGGAUCAAGAUGAAAACGUGCCGCUACAUGACGUUGAAGAGGCUAAGAGUGCCAUCAAGCGCCGUAAAAAAUCCACUUCUCCGCUUGUAUUAUCUCCUAACGCAAGCACAAUCAAACGCCAUAAGGAAUCAUUUCCUAUGAUUUCUUUGCAAGAUGCACUGCUCAAGAUUCAUGAAGUAAUAAUGGAAAGUGUAGAGGAAGCAACUUGUGAAAUAGUGCAACUAAGUGAUGCUUAUGGCAGAAUAUUGUUCGAAACUGUAAAAGCCGCUUAUGACUUGCCACCAUUUAAAACUUCCACUAAACACGGAUAUGCAGUACUAGCAACUGAUGGAAAAGGCUUAAGAAAGGUGCUGAACGUAGAAAAUACAUUCCCUUCGAUAUCGCUUGAACCUGGGAAAUGCGUGUGGGUGAAAAGCGGAUCGCCUAUUCCCGAUGGAGCAACAGCGGUUGUACAAGUGAAGGAUACAAAGCCAGUAGAAAUCAGCGACGACACGUAUGUUGAGAUAAUGAUUGAACCAGGAUACGAACAAAAUAUCAGACCUAUUGGGGACGACUUAAUGAAGGGAACAGUUGUCGCAAUUCAAAACGCGCGUAUUGGCCCAAAGGAGAUAGCACUUUUGGCAGCUUCCGGUCGCAAAGAUGUCCGAGUCACUAAACGUAUAUCCACAGGUGUGUUGUCUAUUGGAAGCAACUUAGAAGAACCUGGAGAAGAACCUUUGAAACCAGGAUUUGUCUAUGAUGUUAACCGAAUAACUCUAAUUUCGCUACUAAAAGAGAAGGAGUUCUAUUCAUUAGAUUUCGGAAUAGUGGAUAAUAAAUUGACGCCUAUACAGAAUAAAAUCGAAGAAGCUUUAAAAAAAGUAGAUUUACUUGUGACGACAGGCUCGACUAAUGAUAGAGAUUUAUUGAAAACCGUUUUGGAGAAAUGUUUUAAAGCCGAUAUACAUUUCGGAAAUAUAAAUAUAAAACCGGGAAAAUCGACAAUAUUUGCAACGUGCGAGAUCAAUGACAAGACAAAGUAUGUCUUAUGCUUGUCGGGAAAUCCGACAUCCGCUUUCAUUAGCGCGCAAAUGUUCCUUAUCCCGUUGGUGAACGAGUUACACUACAGUUGUGAUGGGGAACAGGUCACGUUAUCAGCUUGCAUGAAAAAUCAGUAUACCUUGCAUAGUCGUCCUAGAGCUGCGUGGACGAUUUUGGAAUGGAACCAAGACGAAGAAUAUCCCUCGGCUUUCAGCAGGGGAAAUGCCAUCAGUGAUAAACUAGUUAGUGCCACAGGUGCUAACGCACUUUUAUUACUGCCGGCAAAAGAGUCCGCAAAGGAGUCGUCUAAAACAUUUGCAACAGCCAUACUUGUCAAGUUACCCAAACAAAUCAAUGAUGACAUGAAAAACUUUUGUAAUGCUCAAUUACCCAAGCAGGAAGAGAAAAAAUAACUACAACAAAAAGGUUUGCUAAAGAAUUUGGAGAAGUACCCUUACUUGUCAAGUUACCCAAAAGAUUCAGAAGAGAAAAAUUUUUGUAACCCUUACGAAUUAUAAGAGAAGCAUGUACAAGAUAUUUUAGGAUGCAUCGCAUUGUUUAAACGUG